GUUAGAAAUGUAUGCAAACUUUCAAGAAGAUUUUAKUGAAUUUGAUAUAAAUGAAGUAAUAGUUCAAGAAAAUAAUAAUAAAGAAAAUGAGUUUGGUAAUAUUAUGAGGGGACGUAAUAUUGAAAAUAUUGUACAUACAACCUAUAAUACUUUAGGAAGUACAAAUCAAAUACAAUGUUUACGCUGUACAAAUACUUUUACCAGUGGUACAGAAUUAAGACGCCAUAUUCUGUUAAAUCAUAAUUUAAAAGACUUAGAUUGUCAUCAYUGUUUUCGUCGCUGUUCUAAUUUGUUGGAAUUUGAAAACCAUGUAAAAUUACAUUUUAAAGCUCAACAUCCAUACUACCCAUGUGAUUUAUGUAUGAUCAGCUUCAACAAUUUGGCAAAUCUUAUACUUCACAUCAAGACACAUGACAUACCACAUUCUAAAGAAUGGGCACUUAUUUACAACCUAUCUGAUAAAUCAACAUUUUUUGGUUGCCAAUACUGUAAUAAGACUUUUGUACAUGAAGCAUCUAGGCAAAUCCAUGAACGUAUUCAUUUUACAUGCUUAAUAUGUGAGACAUGCGGUAAGCAAUUGCCAAAUAAAUCUCAGUUGAGUGUACAUCAGCGUCAACAUACUGGGGAAAGGCCUUAUCAGUGUAUGAAUUGUGGUGCUUCGUUUAAAUGCUUGUCAACAUUACGCCAACAUGAAGUUGUUCACUACGAAAAAAAAUACAGCUGUGAAGUCUGUUUACGUAAGUUUAGCAGACCAGAGAAGGUGCGUAUACAUAUGAGAGUGCACACAGGAGAAAAGCCCUACAACUGUUUGGUAUGCAAUAAAAAAUAUCAACAGAAAAAUGAUUUAAAUCGUCAUGUAAAAAAGAAACACGAGGAGAAUUACGUUAUGAAUAAUAUCAGACUAAACUUGUUUUAA